AUGGAGCGAGUUCUGGGCAGUCAUCUGACCUCCACUGUGGCCACCAUGCUAGACCCACUCCAGUUUGCAUAUAAGAGCGACAGAGGCACAGAUGAUGCUAGCACUUACAAUUCAUCUCACCUGUCUCCGCUCCUUUCCUAUUUGUUCAGGGUCUACAAGAAAACAAGUGGCCACGGCCAGCUCACCCUCUAUCUGGGAAGGAGAGACUUUGUGGACCAUGUGAAUAGUGUGGAUCUUGUUGAUGGCGUGUUAAAAGUUGACCCUACAGAUCUUGGUGACAAGAAAGUGUGGAUCCAGCUGGCUUGCGCCUUCAGGUACGGGCGUGAGGAUUUGGACGUGAUUGGGCUCUCAUUCAGGAAGGACAUCUGGAUACAGCAUAAGCAGAUAUACCCUCCCACUGGUGACAAGCAACCUAACACCCCAAUGCAAGAUGCUCUGAUGAAAAAAGCUGGUGAACAAGGCCAUCCCUUUGUAUUCAAUCUUCCAACCAACCUGCCCUGCUCAAUCACCUUGCAGCCUGGACCAGAGGAUAAAGGCAAGGCCUGUGGUGUUGACUUUGAAGUGAAGGCAUACAUUGCCAAAGAAGCUGAUAACCCUGAUGAGAAGAUUGAUAAGAAGGACACUUGCCGUCUUAUCAUUCGCAAGAUCCAGUUUGCUCCUGACCAGGCAACCGCUGGGCCCAAGGCUGAUAUCUGCAAGCAGUUCAUGAUGUCAGACAAUACGGUCCAUCUGGAAGCUUCCUUGGAGAGGGAGACUUAUUACCAUGGGGACCCUAUUCCAGUCCAUGUAAAAAUCAAUAAUGAGACCAAUAAGGUGGUGAAGAAACUCAAGAUUACUGUUGACCAGACCACAGAUGUGGUGCUCUACUCUGCUGAUAAAUACACCAAAAAUGUGCUGACUGAGGAAUUUGCGGAGACAAUUGAGGCAAAUUCAAAAUUCGAGAAGGUUCUUUCAAUCACCCCACUGCUGAGUAGUAACAAAGAGAAGCGUGGCCUGGCCCUGGAUGGAAGACUGAAGGAUGAGGACACUAACCUGGCAUCUACUACGAUCUUGCGAGCUGGCACUGAUAAGGAAGUGCUUGGAAUCCUGGUCUCCUACAAAAUUAAAGUCGCCCUCAUGGUGUCCCGAGGAGGCCUCUUGGGAGACCUGACAGCCAGUGAUGUUGUUGCGGAGCUCCCCUUGGUCCUGAUGCACCCCAAGCCUGCAGGUGAGUGUCAGCAUCAGGGGGCAUGGGACAUCUAA